GUAAUUGGAGAUAAUUAUAAGGUUUGGCGUACGUAUUUAUCUGGCUACGUAAUUACAUAAUAACUGUGUAAUUAGAGGUAAUUCGAAAACCUCAAUUACUCUCUCUAAUUUUCAUAGCCCCUGUGAGAAUUAAGUGUAAUUAUACUAAAAAUAAAUUUAAAUUAUUUUUAUUAAUUAAUAUAAUAUUUAAUUAUUUUUAAUUAUGUAUUGAAUUUUCCUUUUCCUAUCAAUCAUCACGUCAAUCAAUUCCCAUAUACAGCCAUACAGCCUUAGGUUAGUAUUCUAUAUAUUCCAUCUCUCAUCAAUCAAAAACAAAAAGACACCAACCAUUCAUCUAAUCUACUUUCUCAAAUCAACUUACCUAUACCAUCUGCCAAAAAAAAAAAUCUAUUCCAUCUCUUAUUUUUCAUUUCGGUCUCCUCCUAUUCUUAUAAAGGUUAGUCCCUCGUAUUUUUUUUUCUUUUUCUCAUGUACACAAUUUUAUUAUUUUUCUUAUGUCUGAUGCUAUUUUAUAAUAUUUUUUUUGAGUGCAUUUUAUCUUGUAAAAAAAACAAAUGAUAUGAAUAUAUGAAAUCAGAUUUUUUUAAUAUUAUUUUUUCAUUAAAUUUUAAUUAAUAUAGGAAUGGCAAAUACUCAAAAUUCUAAGGUUGGAAAGCCAUACACCAAAUGGAAUGAAAGUCAAGAUGAGUAUUUUAUUAUUUUUAUAGCUGAACAAGUUAAAUUAGGAAAGACACAACAAGGGGGCUUAACCAAUGAGGGAUGGCAAGGGGUAGAAAAAGAAAUGAGUUUAUUGUAUGGAGAUAAAUUAGAUAAGACUAAAAUGAAAAAUAGGAUGAGAACUUUGAAAAAAAACUUAUGCUACCAUAAAGAGAAUGCUAUUUAAUAGUGGCUUUGGGUGGGAUGAAGCAAAUUGAAAAGUCACUGCUGAGGAUGACGUAUGGGAGCAAUAUCUUAUGGUGAGUAAUUAUUUUUCUUGUUUAAUGAUAAAGGAGAAUAGGUACAUGUUACUAAUUAUUACUAUUAUUUUUGUGAUAGGCUCAUCCAAAAGAUGCUCAAUAUAGGAUUAAGAAGUUACCUGACUAUAACACUUUGGCUUUAAUUUUUGGAGAUGUUGUUGCUGAUGGUAGAAAUGGUUGUGAAGUAAAUGAUGUUGAAGACUUCCAAAAUAAAUUUUCUGAUGAUGAUGUAGUUGGUGAUACACAAUUUCCUGACUCUGAAAAUGUGCUUGAUCAUGAUAUAAGCAAUAUGGAUAGUGAACAAAAUCAAUCAACUCAGCAUGAUAAGAGCAUGGGGAAGAAACAUUUACCUGAUCAACCAACAUUGACAUCUCGUCCAAAAAGAAAUAGAACUUCCAUUGGAAGUAGUUUAGCAAAAUCUGUUGAUAGAUGGACAUCAAUAUCUGAAGAGCAAAUUAAGUUGCAACGAGAACCUAAAAAUAGUUCUGUCGAGAAGUUAGUGCCUAUGAUUAUGGAAUUAGGACUCAGUGAUGAAUGGAUUGUCCAAGUUAUUAACAUUCUUACAGAUGAGAGGAAGGCUGAGUUUUUUUUCUGCAAUGUUCCCAGAACUUAGAAAGAAAUGGAUUUAUCAACAACUAGGUUUCUAAAUAGCUAAUUUUUAGUUUGCAUUUUAGAUUUUUAUUAUGGAACUUUCAUUAUGUUUUUUUUUUAUGUUCAAGAACAAUAUUUAUGUUAUGAAACAUGCAUUGAGUUGUUUAACAUUAUAAGUUAUGUUAUUGAUUAUGUUGUUCAACUUGCAGUUAUUAUUAUUGAUAUAUGGAUUUCUUUCUAUUUCUUUUCUAUAAUAAUUAGGAAUGGCAAAUGAAGAUGAGUUCAAGUUAUUUAUGGCGAAAUGUGUGCUUUUAGUUUGCAUUAUUGGAACUUAUUUAGGUGUUGGAUCGAAAGAAAAAGUUCACCGAUCAAUUUUAACUGGAGCUAACUUCCUCAAUGAAUUGAUUCAAGGACAUCCACGUGGAUGUUAUGACUUAUUACGUAAGAAUAUUUCAUGCUUUUUGCGACUUGCAAAUGAGAUGAAAACAAGAGGACUACUGAAUGAUUCCAGAAUGGUUAGUGUUGAGGAACAACUGGCAAUUUUUAUAUUUACAUUAGCUCAUAAUGAGAGGAAUAGAGUAGUACAAAACCGUUUUCAACAUUCUGGAGAAACUAUCAGUCGUCAUUUUAACAAAUGUUUGCAAGCAUGUGUAAGACUAGGAAAACAUUAUCUCACUCCACCAGGUAGAGGUGUUCCACAAGAGAUAUCCUCCAAUCAAUUAUUUUAUCAUUGGUUUAAGGAAAAUAUUAUAUGGUUGAUGCAGGCUAUGCAAAUACAAAAAGUUAUCUAGCACCAUAUCGUGGAACACGAUAUCAUUUGAGAGAGUGGAGUCAAACACAAGCACCACAAUUUAAGGCAUUCAAAACUUCGAAAUUUAUUUGAAAGGACAUUUGCUUUUUUUGAAAAAAAAAAGGUUUCUCAUACUAACAAUAGCUCCUCCAUACACCAUCAAAAAAUAAGGUUGGAUGGUAUUAGCAUGUUGUGUACUUAACAACUUUAUUCGCAAGUGGAAUUGGGAUGAUGAAUUUUUCGAAGAGGACAUGGAAAAUGAAAUACAAAAUUGUGAAAGUUUGAACAAUAUUGAUUUUGAUUCAAAUUCAGAUGAAGAACUUGGUGACGAGCCAACAGAUGAUGACAAGCAAUAUAUGUUUAAUUUUAGAGAUAGAAUAGCUCAAAAUAUAUAGAACGUAAGAGCAAUUAGAUAGUCUUAAAAAAAUAAAGUUUAUUUUAAAUAUUUUCUAGUUUAUUUUAUGAAGAGAUUAUUAUUUAUUUAUAUAUUAUUAAUUGAUGAAAUUUAUUUUUAAAUAUUAUAAUAUUAAUUUACUGUGUAAUUACUAACUGUCUUACCAAACAUGAUAUUAAGAAUUCACAUGUAAUUACCAGUACUUGACAUCC